AUGAGCAUCAUGGAAGUGACUAAAUGCAUGUUCUUCAUGGAUGAUCCUGAACCUAAAGUGACCUGGGAUGCCGUGACCUAUAAUGAUGUGCACAUCAACUUCACUAAGGAGGAGUGGGCAUUGCUGGAUCUUUCACAGAAGAAUAUCUACAAAGAUAUGAUGCUGGAGACAUAUAUGAACCUCACUACUAUAGGAUACAAUUGGGGAAAUCUUGAAGUUGAAGAACAUUGUCAAAGCUUUCAAAGACAUGAAAGACCUGAAAGAAGUCAAACUGGAGAGAAACCAUAUGAAUUUAAUCAAUGUGGUAAAGCCUUUUCUCAUCAUACCUCUGCUCAAAACAGUGUUCUUCAAAGGCAUGAAAGAACACACACUGGAGAGAAACCCUAUGAGUGUAAACAGUGUGAUAAAUCCUUUGCACAUAACAGACAUCUUCAAAGGCAUAAAAGAACACAUACUGAAGAGAAACCCUAUGAAUGCAAUCACUGUGGUAAAGCCUUUGCAGAUCAUAGUCACCUUCAAAGGCAUGAAAGAACACAUACUGGAGAGAAACCCUAUGAAUGCAAUCACUGUGGUAAAGCCUUUGCAGAUCACAGUCACCUUCAAAGGCAUGAAAUAACACACACUGGAGAGAAACCCUAUGAAUGCAAUCACUGUGGUAAAGCCUUUGCAGAUCAUAGUCAUCUUCAAAGGCAUGAAAGAACACAUACUGGAGAGAAACCCUAUGAAUGCAAUCACUGUGGUAAAGCCUUUGCAGAUCACAGUCAUCUUCAAAGGCAUGAUAGAACACAUACUGGAGAGAAACCCUAUGAAUGCAAUCACUGUGGUAAAGCCUUUGCAGCUUACAGUCACCUUCAAAGGCAUGAAAGAACACAUACUGGAGAGAAACCCUAUGAAUGCAAUCACUGUGGUAAAGCCUUUGCAGAUCACAGUCACCUUCAAAGGCAUGAAAUAACACACACUGGAGAGAAACCCUAUGAAUGUAAACAGUGUGAUAAAUCCUUUGCACAUAACAGAUAUCUUAAAAGGCAUAAAAGAAUACAUACUGGAGAGAAACCCUAUGAAUGCAAUCACUGUGGUAAAGCCUUUGCAGAUCACAGUCACCUUCAAAGGCAUGAAAUAACACACACUGGAGAGAAACCCUAUGAAUGUAAACAGUGUGAUAAAUCCUUUGCACAUAACAGACAUCUUCAAAGGCAUAAAAGAAUACAUACUGGAGAGAAACCCUAUGAAUGCAAUCACUGUGGUAAAGCCUUUGCAGAUCAUAGUCACCUUCAAAGGCAUGAAAGAACACAUACUGGAGAGAAACCCUAUGAAUGCAAUCACUGUGGUAAAGCCUUUGCAGCUUACAGUCACCUUCAAAAGCAUGAAAGAACACAUACUGGAAAGAAACUCUAUGAAUGUAAUCUGUGUGGUAAAGCCUUUGCAGAUCACAGUAAUUUUAAAACACAUGAAAUAACACAUACUGGAAAGAAACCCUAUGAAUGUAAUCUGUGUAAUAAAGCCUUUGCAUAUCACAGUUAUCUUCAAAUACAUAAAAGGAGACAUACAGGAGAGAAACCCUAUAAAUGUAAACAAUGUGUUAAAGCCUUUGCACAACACAGGUAUCUUCCAAGCCAUAAAAGAACACAUACUGGAGAGAAACCCUAUGAAUGUAAUCAAUGUAGUAAAGCCUAUGAACAUCAAAGUCAUCUUCAAAGACAUGUAAAAAUACAUACUGGAGAGAAACUCUAUGAA